AAACGUGAUACAAAAAGUUUUUUUCUUCAUUGGAUACCUAAUCCAUUAAAUGAACAAUUUACUAUUCUUGGUUAUCGAAUUUAUAUUGAUGAAGUUUUAAAAGGUUGUGUUGAUUCAGGAAAAUUUGAAACUGUUAUUGAUUGUAUUCGUGAUGAAGGAGAAUAUAAAAUAAAACUUCGUGCAUAUAAUGAUAGUGGAGAAUCAGAAGAUUCAAAUAUCGUUAUAGCAAGAUUUCGUCGUCAACAACCAAGAACACCCCGAUCAAAUUCCGAAUCAUCGGAAACGAAUGUAAUUCAUCGUACUCAAUCAGAUCUUAUGGUAGAUAAUAUAACACAUUCAGCAUUACGACAAACACAAUCACAAGAGAAUUUGUUCGUAGAUGGAACAAAACAACCUAUUAUUAUGAAUAAACAACAAGAACGAAUCGAAGUGAAUCGAUCAAUGUUAUCAGGUGGAUUUCCUUUAUUAACACAACAACAAACUGAACCUUUGAUAACACCAGAUAAAGAAACGAAAACUUCGGAAGAAUUAAUUUCACCUAUUACAACAAAUUCGUCAUAUUCAAGUGAUAAUAUGAUUAAUCGUAAACCACGAGUAUCACCUACUUCAAGUCCUAGUCAUAGUGAGAAAAUAACAACGAAUGGAACAUGUCAGAAAGUUUUAUUCAUUAAUGAUUCAUCUUCAUCAAAUUUGACAAAACGUAGUCCAACACGAAUAGGAAUUAUGUCUCGUCUUGUUAAAAGUCCACAUAAAAUCAAACGUAAUAAUAUUCUAUUAAAUGCAUUGCCAAUAAAUCUAUCACCUAGUCCAAUAGAACCUACCAAUACAAACAAACUAGAAGUACAAUCAGUCGAUCGAUCAAUAACUUUUCAACCUGAAACAAAUAGCAACAUUAAUCAUGGUCAUAUUCUAGCUCAACAACUUCCAAUAACAUCAAGUGAUAUAAUAAAUUCAAUGACUAUACCUCCUGCAUCGUCUUCGUCACCAACUCCUUUCUAA